AUGGCCCGGGCCACAGCACUCCUCACCGGCCGCGGCUACCGCGUCAGCGAGCUGUUCACGCCGGAUACGGGCAUCCAGUCGUCCAUUGACCUCCGAAUGGCCGAGCUGCGCACCGCCUUCACCGACCCGGCCAUCGACGCCGUUGUCUGCACCAUUGGCGGGUCGACCUUUACCGAACUGCUGCCCGCCCUCAUCGCCGACACGGACCUGCAUGCCGCCAUCCGCGCCAACCCAAAAGUCGUCGUCGGCUGCUCGGACAUCACGGGCUUGCAUUGGUUCCUGCAUGCGCUCACGGGCCUGCGCUCCUUUUACGGCCCGGGCGCCAUCCCGGAGCUCGGCGAGGCCAACAACAUCGACGACAGCGAAACGCCGCGGCACUUUUGCGCGGAGCACCUCUUCCGCACCAUCACAGACCCCACGCCCAUUGGCGAUGUGGCCCGCUCGCCUACCUACGCGCCCGCCGUGCAUCCGUUCUGGUCCGACCCAGCCUCGACCGAACCGCCCAAACUGGCGCCCACGACCGGCUGGACCUGGAUUCGCCCAGGCCGCGCACAGGGCCGCCUCUUCGGCGGCUGCGUGACUGUCAUGGCACGCCUCGGCGGCGUUCAGGCCGUCGUGCCCGACUGGACGGGCCGCAUCGUCUUCAUCGAGACACAGGUGGCGGACGACAUGGUGUCGGGUCUCCCCCUCAACCGCGUCCGUGCCGGUCUGGCCGAUCUGGUUGCCCAGGGCGUCUUUGACGCGGCCGCCGGUGUAGUUGUCGGCCGGCCCUUUGGCUACGACACGGAAGAGCAGCGCGCCGCCUACAUUGGUGUUCUCCGCGGCCAUCUGUGCGAGGGCCGCUUUGCCGACGCGACGUUCCCGAUUCUGUUCAACGUCGACAUCGGCCACACCGUGCCCAUGGUCACCUUGCCCUACGACGCCUUGGCCGAGCUGGACUCGGCCAAGGACCGCUUUGCUAUUUUGGAGUCGGCGGUUCGUUGA